AACAUGUUAGGGGCAAGCCUCACAAUUUUACUCCUUGGAAUAUAUGGUUAUGUGGCUGCUGAUGGGCCUACAGUGGUACAUACAAUCCAAGAUGGCAGAAUUAGAGGUACCAUUAGCUACACCUUAGACAAUGCAGUUAAACCUAUUUACAACUUCAGAGGAAUUCCUUAUGCCACCCAACCCAUUGGACCCUUGAGAUUCAAAGCCCCUAAGGAAGUAGAACCUUGGAAUGGGGAGCUAGAUGCUACACAAGCAAUGGUUGAGUGUCCUCAGGACUAUGAACAAAUAAAAGAGGUGUCCAAAGAAUUUGGAUAUGGAGAUAUCAAAGAGCAUGACAAUGAGAGUUGUUUAGUGCUCAGUGUUUAUACCCCAACACUCAAUGAAAAGGCUAAUUUACCAGUGAUGGUUUGGAUUCAUGGAGGAGGAUUCCAAAUAGGAAGUGGUAGAAUACCAGAUGGGACUGCUCUGGCUUCUCUUGGAGAUGUGGUGGUGGUCAGCAUCAACUACAGACUAGGGGUACUAGGUA